GGACUGAGAACGGAGCAGUGGUGUUUUAAUACGCUACCUCCAAUGCGUUACUAUAAUAAGAAUUCGGUGACCUAUGUGGAGCCAAUGGCGGCGCAGGGGGUUCUGUGACGUUGUGGUCCCUGUAGAAAAGGCGCGGAGUCUCGCGCAGGUCGGGAGAAUGCGGCUCCGCGGCGGCGACUGUCUUGAAGGGGAUUAUACAAACUGAACGUAUAGAGAACUCCUCCUCCUCAAUUACUCACACACAGCUCUGUUGGCAGGAGAGAGAGAGAGAGAGAAAAAAAAACUUCUUAAGAAAACAUCAUCUCAUUUAAGAGGUCCGCAGCCUUAGCGUCGAGAUCCGAUUCUGCUUUUUUUAUGUCUUGUUUUAUUCUCUUUUAUUUCUUAUUAUAAAGUUGAUUGCAGGAUUUUCGUUUAUUGCAAUUCUCAGUUUGGUAGGAAUUCCAAAGGCACCUUUUUUUCUUUUACCGCUCACAGAAAGACUCUUUCGAUUCUUGCAGAUUCCUGUCGGCGUCAGUGAGAUGCAGCAGCCUGCAUCGUUUCGACUUUUCGUUAAGUUUCAUUUGCUGCAGUUAAUGGUUUCUAGAACGCCGCGACUCGACCUAUUAGAGUUGUACAAUUAAAAAAAAAAAAAGCAGCCCAAAGUGCUGGGGACCGUUACUACUGACUCUUUUCAUUUUGGUAAACUUUUCAUUUUUUUUAUUUAAAUAAAUGUGUUCAGUGUGAAGCUGUAACCAGUUCCGCCUGAUUUCUUAGCUGCUCUUUAAAUAUUUAUCAUUUGAAUCAGGACCCUGGAAGAUUGAGAAGAGAUCUAAAACUUCAGACCUCACUAAUCAGACAUCUUCAGUUUUAUCAUUUGCCAUUGGUGGCAUUGAUUUGUACUACAAGAAUCUACGCGCACCGAUUUGGUGUAAUUUAUCUGCGCUGCAAGAAACAGGAAGAAGAACGUGAUUUAUUUGUUAAUAUCUAUGUCUAUUAGAUAAAAAAAAUCCAUGACUUGAACUGAAUAAUGUAACUUAUUGAUUUUAAAACUAAUUGAUGCCACCGAAACACGAUCAUUCGCCAAGCUUGUUUUAUUUUGUUUAGUUUAUUUUUUUUCCUUUCUUUUUUGUUGUCUCUCACUUCGGGACUGAUAAAGAACGGACAACUCAAGGUGGUCUAUCAGUAUAAAUGCAUGGGUUAGGUUUGCGCCUUAUGGAAGUUUUGGGCUGCAGAUCCGAAGAAAACACGUGUAAUUUUCACCCUUCGGCAGCGGCAGCAGCGAUGCUUUUCCACGGCCUCUCCGGGGGAGAGAUGCACGGCGUCAUUGACGAUAUGGACCGGAGAGUGAAAACUGACUCAUCGACGAUCAGCUCGGCCAUAGAUAUGGGAGAAACUGAAACGACUAUGCCCUCGAUAAGCAGCGACCGCGUGGCUCUGUGCGCUGGCUGCGGGGGAAAGAUUUCAGACCGCUACUACCUGCUCGCAGUCGACAAGCAGUGGCACAUGCGCUGUUUGAAAUGUUGUGAAUGUAAACUGAACCUGGAGUCGGAGCUCACCUGCUUCAGCAAGGAUGGCAGCAUCUACUGCAAGGAGGACUAUUACAGGAGAUUCUCCGUUCAGAGGUGCGCCAGGUGCCAUCUUGGGAUUUCUGCCUCAGAGAUGGUGAUGCGGGCCCGGGAUUUGGUCUAUCACUUGAACUGUUUCACCUGUACCACCUGCAACAAAAUGCUCACCACCGGCGACCACUUUGGCAUGAAGGACAACUUAGUUUAUUGCCGGCUUCACUUUGAGACUUUAAUUCAGGGGGAAUACCAAUCUCAUUUCAAUCACUCGGACGUAGCUUCCAACAAGGGCGCUGGACUUGGGGCUGCCAACACCCUCGGACUGCCUUAUUAUAACGGGGUCGGUACUGUCCAGAAAGGACGGCCACGGAAGAGGAAGAGCCCGGGACCUGGCGCUGACUUGGCGGCGUAUAAUGCAGCUCUGAGUUGCAAUGAAAACGACGGUGACCACUUAGACAGAGACUCCCAAUACACCUCCAAUCAGAAGACAAAGCGCAUGAGGACCUCUUUUAAACAUCACCAACUGCGAACCAUGAAGUCUUACUUUGCCAUUAACCACAAUCCGGACGCUAAGGACUUGAAGCAGCUAGCGCAAAAAACAGGCCUUACUAAAAGGGUUUUACAGGUGUGGUUCCAAAAUGCCAGAGCCAAGUUCAGGCGGAAUCUCUUGCGGCAGGAAAACACGGGUGUGGACAAAGCAUCGGAUGGCUCAACGUUACAAGGUGGAACACCAUCGGGCCCAGCGUCUGAAAUCUCCAACGCCUCGCUCAGCCCGUCCAGCACCCCUACCACGUUGACUGACUUAACCAACCCCACUAUGCCAACAGUUACGUCGGUUUUAACGUCAGUGCCUGGCAGUCUAGAGGUCCACGAAUCUCGGAGCCCAUCACAAACUACUCUGACCAGUCUUUUCUGAUGUUUCUUCUAUUUGCAAUUCCUAUGGAAAGAAACAAUUCAAAAGAAGAAAGAAUUUAAUUUUAUCCCAGGUCUGUUUUAGUCCCUUUGUAUGACUGACUACCUAACAGCACUAAAGAGCUUUUGUUUUUUUUUUUUGUUUGCUUUGCUUUUUUGAGGAUUGAAGCAACUGUUUUUUUUUUGUUUUGUUUGUUUUUUUCAACAACAUGUUUACAGACUGAAGAAGAAUGAAACUCAGAAACUCGUUCAUGGAUAUAAAAUGUGACACAACAUUUGUGUAACUGUACAGUUUUGCGGACCGAGUAAGGGAAUGAAUCGUCAAAAGUCAAGAGAGAACGACAGCAGCAUCACCUCCCCCAAAAGAUCUUGUUGUAUGUUGUGUAUUUUCAAAGACUGUCAUGUGCCUUAUACACUGUCUUUUUUUAUUACGCCAACUUUUCAUGCCCACCUCCUUUGAUCUGAAUUGAAUGCAGGUAUCUGAUUUUAUUUUCUCAAAUUAACAUUGGGCUUUUGCUUCCUUCGGUUAAAAUUUCAUGAUGACUGCUGGAUAGAUUUCAGGUGAUGUCUUGUGUGUUUCAAGCAUAUUACACGUCCUUAAAACACAUAGAGGGAGAGGUUGGCUGGUAAAACACAGUUUGGGCUUACUCGAUCAUUUUGGUAACUUUAUAUUUUUAAAUGACCAGGUCUGACAAUUUCCUAUCCAUCAUAAAUAAAUGUUCCAACCGUACAGCUUUCCUUGACUUGUGCCAGCUUCACUCCAUCUGUAAAUGGUCGUGUUUGAGAGAUCUAAAGAGGGCCUUUUUCAAAUUUUUUUUCAAAGGAUGUAGAGAAAGUGAGUUUAAUCCUCCCACCCUCUGUGUUUUGGGUGUAAUUGAUUUGAAACAUGUGCCCAGAAAAGAGGUUUGCAUAAUUUUACAAAAGUAAGAACAGCUACUUUUACCUUUCCAAAAUGCCCAGUUCUGUAGAUUUAAAAUCAGAUACAAUUUCUUGCUAUUGUGUAGUCAUGACAGUUUGUUUAAAUGACAUGAAGAUGUGUUUGAAAAUUGCACAGUAAAACGCCUAAUCUGGUCUUAAGUUUGACAUGUAACUUAAAUGCAAACAAUAAGAAGCUAAAGGAUACCAUUUUUGCCUUUAUCUAUUUUAGAUUUAAUAUGUCGAUCAAAGCUAAACAAGUAAACGAAACUGACAGUUGUAUUACCCACCGUCACAGUUCACAGAAACUGAAUUGGUUUUUGCUUCGUCGACUCAUUAUUAUGCAUUCAUUUUAAAAUGACUAUACCUCAAAAACAUAUAUACCUGAACUACAUUUUAAAAUGAAUCCAGUUUUAGUGAUCUAGGCACUCCUUUUGACACACACACACACACACACACGCUUGCGGAAAAAGAAUAUUCUGGUGAUAUUUGUUUAUUCCUUUAAUCCCACUUCUGAAAAGGAACAAAAAAGAGAAACAAACAGAAGUGGCUUUUUAAGUGUAUAAAAAAAAAAAGCAUUUGUAUUAAUUAGGAUGUAAAGGGUUCUUUUGUUUAUUUUCAAUGGCUGUAGUGUAAUAUAAUACAAAUGUAAUACAAAGUUUUUAUGCAUUCAAGUGUUGAAUCCGUUCAAAGAAAUAAAAUUACAAAAUAUGUUGAUUCUUCAGUGAA